GCAAAAAGGAUGGUAUGGAUGUCUCUGUAUGUUUGAAAAGACAGAAGGAGUGUGAUGGUUCAGAUGAAAAUGCUGAUGGUGGUGGGGUGGGGAAAAAGAAGGCUAUCUAACUCGAUCAUCAAUGAUGGCGGAACUCACCCCGUUGACACUGGCAAGCAUUAACGUUGCCAGUAUUAAGUCAGACGCAGCUCGUUUCCUGGCCUUUGAUUUUUUCAGCCGUAUUGAAGCUGAUAUUUUGUUUUUGCAAGAGACCUGGUUAACAAGUACAACUCUGCUGGCAAAAGCCAAGCGAGAAUGGCGGCUAGGUCCGUCUUUCUGGUCUCUUGCGGCCGAGCCACGUAGCGGGGUGGCGGUACUUUUUAAGACCGCCGAAAGAGUGGAAUGCAGGAGGAUAAUCGAGUUAGAAAUGGGAAGGUGCCUGAUUUUAGAUGUCCUCAUGGGGAGACAAGAAUUGAGACUAAUAAACAUCUACGGCCCACAGAGUAAGUGGGACCGCAAGUGUCUCCUCAUGAGGAUUAAGCCUUUUCUUUUUACCAGCCGGCAAGUGAUCUUUGGAGGGGACUUCAACAAUGUGACGAGGGCCUGUGAUAGGGGAGGCUCCAAAGGUGGGCUGGAUGCUGAUAGCAUUGUGUUGUCUAGGAUAGUUGAGGAUACUCGUCUGGUGGACGCCCAUUUACGGCAUAAGCCAGACCACGUGGAUUUCACCUUUCAUCAGGGAAAUCGUAGGUCUAGAAUAGAUAGGUUUUAUUUAAAGGAGGAGGCUGUUUUCUCGGCUUUAGAAGCCGUGGAAGUGGAAUUCUCCGACCACUGUUUGAUUAUUUUUUCUUUGAAUGUUGCAGAGACUCCCUGUAUGGGCAGAGGUAUGUGGAAGCUAAAUUCAUCUCUCCUGGAAGAAGUGACAAUAAGACAGUCCUUUGAGGAUUUCCUUCAGAGCCAGGAACCCUUGGUGGACCUCUGCAACAAGACUCCCUGUAUGGGCAGAGGAAUGUGGAAGCUGAAUUCAUCUCUCCUGGAAGAAACGACAAUAAGACAGUCCUUUGAGGAUUUCCUUCAGAGCCAGGAACCUUUGGUGGACCUCUGCAGCAGUAAGUCGGAGUGGUUGGAGAUAUUCAAUAAAAGGACGGCGAGGUUUUUCCGUGAGCUUUCUAACCUCAGGAGCUGGGAUAGAUACUGUCUGUACCAGGAACUGAGGAAGAAACUUGAAAGGCUGGUUUCGACGGGGGGUAGCCGUGAGGAUAUCUCUCGUGUGAAAUUCUUGCUCAAGAGGUGUCAGUACGAUAGAUACGCCUCUUUGGUUGCUGAAAGGGAUUUCAUGAAAAGGGUAGAUCGUGGACCAUUGGCGGGGGUGGGGAUGGAACUGGCGGUGCGGGGGCCAUCUCUGAAGGUGGUGGCGUACGACGACGAUGUCUCCAUUCUUGCCUCUUCGGAAGAGGAGGUGAGAUGGGUGAUGUCAGAGGUGGUCCGCUAUUCAGAGGUUUCUGGGUCUCAGAUCAACCGGGACAAAUGUGAGACUCUUUGGCUGGGGGAAGGGGAUCCUGUCUUCGAUCUCCAGGGCACUCUUCCAGAACCCCAGAAGUCUGUAAAGAUCUUAGGUAUCAAUUUUGGCCAGGAUGGAGAUUAUCAUAAGCAAAAUUGUGCAAAGCCUACCUGA